CCUGAGACGCCAGUCAGGAACCGCUCGAGCUGGAGUUCCUGGCAGGCUCGCGUAAUCGUCUGAAAUGGUAAAACGAAAUGAGAAAGCAGGGUGCCUGUUGCGGAAGUGAGAUGAUAACAUAACGGCGCCUCGACCAAAUUGAUCUCGCUGUUUGCUCUUGUCACCGGACUGCGAUGCCGCCACAGCGAGUAUUCCCCCUGCCGAGGCAACAAUCCCUGCUGCUGCCUGCGGUCAUCAACCCGUUUGUUCAAGACACCAAACUCACCAAAGCCGCUGUAAUCAAAUGUGUCCUCCUGGGAAUCUUCCUGGUCCCGGUUCGAGCCAUCCUGAUUUCCCUGGUUCUCAUGGUGACAUGGCCAGUGUCUGUUAUCAUAACCUUCAAGCAUCCUCUGAAAGGAGCUGUGGAGCCAAUGAGAGGAUGGAGACGGUUCAUGUGUCGGAGAGUGAUGGCCGCCUUGGGGAGGGCUUACUACUUCUGCAUGGGUUUCAGAGUGGUGAUUAAGGGCAAGCAGGUCAACAGCAGCGAGGCGCCCAUCCUGGCCGUGGCCCCCCACUCCACUUUUUUUGAUGGCAUUGUGUGUAUUGUUGCUGGCCUGCCCUCCACCGUCUCUCGUGUAGAAAACCUGGCUACACCCAUCUUUGGCAGGUUUGUGCGCUGUCUUCAGCCUGUGCUGGUGUCCAGGAAGGACCCAGAUUCCAGGAAGAAUACAAUCCAAGAGAUCGACAGCAGAGCCAAGUCAGGGGGCCACUGGCCUCAGGUCCUCAUAUUUCCAGAGGGAACGUGUACAAAUCGUUCAUGUCUAAUAACUUUCAAACAAGGUGCCUUUAUCCCAGGGGUCCCUGUGCAGCCUAUACUUAUGAGGUAUCCCAAUAAACUGGACACAGUGUCUUGGACUUGGCAGGGUUUCGGCGCGAUGAAACUGCUACUUUUGACUCUGUGCCAGCUGUACACCACUGUAGAGAUAGAGUUCUUGCCACCACAUAUCCCCACAGAGGAGGAGAAGAAAACCCCUUCUCUGUUUGCGAGCAGAGUGCGAGACUCUAUGGCCCAAGCUUUGGGAGUGCCAGUCACAGAUCACACGUAUGAGGACUGUCGUCUGAUGAUUUCAGCUGGCGAGCUGACGCUGCCCAUGGAGGCAGGCCUGGUUGAGUUCACCAAAAUAAGCCGGAAACUCAAUAUGAAGUGGGACAACUUGAGGAAGGAGCUAGAGGGCUUCUCAGCUAUGGCCUGCUCGUGUAAAGGAGGGCGGAUCACUAUCGAGGAGUUUGCCAGAUUCCUGAAGCUAUCCAUCAGCCCGGCACUUGAGGAGCUGUUUGCACUGUUUGACAGAAACGGAGAUGGCACCAUAGACUUCAGAGAGUAUGUCAUUGGUUUGACCAUCCUGUGUCGACCAGCUAACACUGAAGAGGUUCUUGUAAUGGCUUUCAAGCUGUUUGAUAUAGACGAGGAUGACAAGAUCACUCGAGAGGAGUUUACUGCCCUGCUGCGCUCAGCUCUGGGUGUGUCAGAUCUCAACAUGGCUAAGCUCUUCAAGGAGAUUGAUGCUGAUGGCUCCGGUUUCAUCACCUUCAAUGAAUUUCAAGCCUUUGCCACGACGCACCCGGAGUAUGCCAAACUCUUCACCACCUAUCUUGAGCUUCAGAGAUACCAGGCCAUUCAGGAGGCGUGUCCAGGUGAUCUCCAACUGUCCGGUCAGACCAGUUCAGAAGAAAAUCAGGAAGACAGCACCUCUGACAAAAAAGAUGACUGAUAUUGAGGACGACUGUGAACCUCGCUGAGAGACUGAACUCUUAUCCGAGAGGGGAAAAUGCAAAUGUGUUAUCAGCCCUCCAACGAAUGAAUAUAAGCAAAAUCAAGUCACGUGUCACUGCGGAGCCAUGUUAUAGGUUGUGUGCUUGCCUUUUUAAAGACGUUUUUUAGAGUGCUGCCAUUACAUUUUAGUGCCUUAUAGAUUUUAAAGAAAUCUUCCCUGAGCUACUGCACAAGACAUGUAGUUUUUUCAUCCUUACAUUUUUUUUUGUGUGUGAAUGUUGAUGUGUCCGCACAAAAAAGAAAACAAAAAAAAACUAAUGAAAAGCUAAUCAUAUGAUUAAUAUAUGUCUGAACUCACAUGCACGCUCAGUGUUUUAACUAUAUGAACCCUACAAUGUUUAGAUUUCUAAUGUUAGUGACAGUGUGUUUAUGAUGAAUUCAAUACUUUCUUCACAUUAUUGUUAACUGCCUCACCAUGUUUCUGCCUUGGAUCCAUCCCUCUCUUUGCCCUGAGCUUACCCUUGCUUGGACUGAAAUGAACAUAGCUUUGUGUGUCUCUUUUUGUCUUUGUGAACCUUUGUAUAUGACUGAAAAAAAAAAUGCCAAACACACAUCUCUUUAAAUAUAAGCAAACACUCCUUGUGCUUCUGUGUUGCCGUAUAAUUAGUGUACAGUGUACUUUAUUAAGAUCUUUCCAAUCUGGCAACCCACAGAUGUUCUGUAUAAAAACUAUGUCCAUGAAGAGCAUACACGCUAGCACAUUAGUUUUUUCUCCCCCCCCCCCCCCCCCCAGCGCUCAGGGACACAGACCUUGUAAGACGGCUGUAUAAUUAGCCAGAGGUUUGCUUUGCAUGUGUAUCCAUUUGCAUUUCUACUGAAGCCUGUUGUUGCUGAGACAGCAGAGUGUCUGCACAGUUUUAAGUUUACUAAAGCAAAUGAACCACUGAAAAUAGAGCAAUUUGUGAGCAAAAAGCCAACAGUGCUGCUUCACAACAUUGUAUUCCAGCGGGGUGUACUUUUAGAUUAACUAGCAGCGCUGUUAUUAUUUUACCAUGUGCUUUUGCAAUUAUGUGAUUUUCUUUUUCUAUUUUUGUUAACACUGCAAAAAAUUUGCUUUGUAAAAUAAAACAACACAAUUUUAA